GGCCGGGGCGCAACAAGCCCUGCUGCUCGACCGUGCUUCGUAGGUACUAGGUGUGUAUCACCACUCUGUGGAGAUUUGAUCAGAGAUUUUGCUAGUAAUGGCCGAAGCACCGACGACGGGUGGCGAGGUCCUGACUCCAAACGAUGCCGUCAAAGUACUGGAGGAGCUACUACCAGCACAGAACGAGUCCUUGGAACUGGGCCUGAAGCUGAAUCUAAAGCCACACGAAGUAAAGAGCAUCCACGCAAC